GCGUGUGGGGCGGGGUUGAGUCUCGGAGACUGAGUUGCGCUGAAAGUUGCAAAUGUUUGUUACAAUCCUGUUUGUGGUGAGCGUGUGACUGUAACAGGUUGGGACGAUCGCGAAGAUUUUCACUGAAGAUGAAGACUAAGCAGGUUGGAGUCCGUCGAUCAGCACGUAUUAGGAACAGGGAGCUCUGUUCUACAGCUUCAAAUGUCCCCAAUCAGGAUGUUAAAGAUGACAGCUCAGUGCAGAAAACAGCCAUGCCAUCAUUUGAAGCACUGCCCAUGGUGGAUAAAGUGGUUUCCAGUACAAGUGACUAUCCCUCAAAAAAACAGAAAUGCGAAAGAGUGGAAGUGCAAACACACGAGAAAGCUGGUACCGCUGAGCAAGAUCUGGAAGAUUCUGCAGUCAUCCUUCCUCACAAGCCAUCACAUAAAUCAACAGAACAAACUGAGAAGCCAAUUAUUCAUGAGGACUGCACACAGGAGACCCCAGUACCACUGGAAAAUGAAGUACCCUCCACAACAACCAUAGAAUGGAGCAACACCGAGAAACAAAGGGAGCAUGCAGCUGAAGCUGAAGAAUUGGCGACUAAUAAUGGGUCUUCAGCAGAGAUAACGACAAAGAAAAUGUUGGAUGUCGUUGAUAAGGGCCUGUUGGAAAGCAAGGAAGACAUUGAAAAAACAGUGAAAAGUGAUAAUGAUGCAGAAAGGAGAAAUAGUAUGGAAAUUGAUCAACCACCAGGCACCUCAUUCAAAGUGGACAGCAGCAUCUUUCUGGAUGAGGACAGCAACCAGCCAAUGCCUGUUGGCAAGUUCUUCGGAAAUGUAGAGAUAAUGCAAGACCUUCCGCAGUCGGUACCACUUCUGGAUUCUGCCACCAGGCGGGAGUAUAGGAGGAGACAUUUUAUUGCCAAAGAUGAAGAAGAUGAAGAGCUAGAGGACAAGGCAGUUAAUGAGACACCAGGAGAGCCAAGAGCCAUGCCUCCUUCAGAAACUGAGGUGCCUGUGGGAACUGAAAUGAAAGUAAAUACUGUGCAGCAAAAUACACCGGACAUGGUGGAAAAGUGUUUGUGAUGGUCUGUCAAAGCACAGAUGGAAACUGUAAACCAGUCAAUGGCAAACCAAAGAUGUCUGAUUUCAUGCCUAAUAAUAGCAAAACCUUAUUUUUGUGGCCUGGUUUGUUAUGGAAACCAACUUUGGUAAUUACUCAGCUAAUAUACUUUCUGUGGUUGCACAACAUGAAUCUGUGGUAUUUAGUAAUCAAAAUUUUGGCUUAAAAUUAUUUCAGCUGUGCUCUGUGAUUUUAUGCUAUAUCUUACUGUUUAUGAUAUUCUUUUACUUAAGUUUGCACUCAAAGUAAAAUAGCCCUGACAUUUAUAUCUAGAGCUUUUAUUAGAGCAAAAAUCCAAAUUAAGGACCUUUAAGUUACACCAACUACUUAAAGUUAGAAAUGAAAGUAAAUGUUGGAAUACUUUUGGCAUUUGUGCAGAGCCUUUGCCAGUGUGAGUAUGAAUCGAUGGUUAGAGUGCUCUGCUGCAGAAAAUCAUAACUGCAAAUUUACAACUAAGACAGAGUCUUACAUCGGUUUUGUGGAUUUUGUACAUAUUCAUUUUCGAGAAUAAUUAUUGAUGUUUAAUGUCACAUUUUAAAUCAUGAUAUGGUUUGGAAAAUCAUGUCUUAUCCAAUUCCAUUGGGUGUACUAAAAUGACUUAUCCAUCCAUUCUCAUCUGAGAAUGUUUUGCAUAUUUGAAAUAAUGUUUUCACGGAAAUUAGUUUGCAGUUCUUAUAUAUGAUUCUUUUUCUUCAGGUUAGUGAUAUGAGUAUUUGGUACCUUUUGUAAAUUCAGGGAAAUGUGUGAUGCCAAGUGAAUGAAGUGAAAUUGCAAUUUUUUUUGUUCAACAUCAAACAAUAAUUACGAAGUAUUGAAAUAAGAUAAAUUACAGCAAAAAUAAACAUAAGAAUCCGUGACCGGUCUUCACUGUAUUAGAAACCUAACAUAAGGAAUGAAUUGAACACUUCAGUUUUUUGAUUGAUGCAGUAGAUAUUUGCUAACAAGUAAUAGGGAUGAUGGAUGGCAUUUUUCAGAACAUUCAUUAAUCUUGGAAAAGAAGCCUACAACUCCAUUUUCAGUACAUAUACUUCAUUCUAAUUACAUCUUUUAGUUUUCCUUUGUGUUUAUCGUUUAUGAUAAUAUUCAUUGAAGGUUACAUUUUGUAAAGUUAAAGCCCUUUAUUGAAUCCUAUUGAAUUUUCUGUAUCUUAACCAGCAUUUCUAUCCUGUUACCACGUAGAAAAUUAUUCAACUCAUUACCACUUAAUUUAAUCAAAUGGAAGUGCUUUUGCAUGGUUACCCUGUGUCAACCAUCAGUUUCCUGCUAAUGUCGCUUGAAAUUAUUCAGUAAGAAAUGUUCUGUAAGCUUUGGUUCUUUCUCCCUCUAGGCAUUGUGACUGGUCUUCACUCAGCCCUCUGUCCUUGAAGUACAAUUAAUGAUGUUGGCAGCACCCUUUCAGAGAAAUAAUGCCUCUCUGCCAUCCAUGGAUUCAUGCCCUAAGCCACAUUUAUUUGACCAGUUUAUGAAGUCCCAGCAACAGUUAAACUGUGAAACUUCGUGUUAAAUAAUUUAAUUCAAUCAUAUAUUCAAGCUGGCUGUAAAGCCUUCAUAAAUUGCAAAAUGAAAACCCAGAGAGCUUUGAGCAUGUAGUUAGCAGUUGGUGAAGAAUUGUGAACAAUAUUUUCCUCAAGAUGAGACAGAGCUCUGAAUAUAAAACAUUUUUUUUACUGUUCAUAAGGUACAAGAGGGAAGUUAGCUGACUUAUUGGAAAGUUAACAUUCAAUUGAUGUGGUUAUGUAGUUCAAUUCAAAAAUAGUUAAUCUUUCAAUAAACCAACAAAAUCAAUUAUGCUACCUAACUAUAUGGUGUGCAUUCAACAAAAUAAACUUUUAAUUGUGUUUCUUAAUUAAUUUAAGAGUAGGGUUGGACAUUUGCAUUCUAAGGCCACUGUGGUUUGUAGUGUUGCUUUUGAUUCAUAUUAAACAUUGGUCGGUUAGUCUACAUUUCAAACUGAACAGGAACUCUGAUUGUCAAAAUCAUAUUGGUCAUGGGUGAGUAUAUUGAAUGACAGAUGGGAGGUAUUUGAAGACAAGUUGGGUAAAUAAAUGUGUUCAAAGGAGGUAGCCAGAGGAAAUCCAUUAGAUUGGUCAGAAGAGGAGUAGACAGGAAAUUAUGAAAUGCUUAUUGCAGGUGAUAGACUCAGUGAAGGAACGAGCACAAAUAUCGAAAAGUGAUGGUUGAUAUUCCAUUCAACAUGACUGUUAUGUGAUUCUCGUGGGGUUCAUGUUCAUGACCAAAGUGAUAAGUUUAUGUCUUUGUUUAGAAAUUUGUUCCUAGAAUUAGAAUUUCUUUUGUUAAAUCUGGAGAAUGUUGGUCUCCAUAAUCAGAAUAUAUUCUUUACCCUUCUAUUGUUGGUGUUAUGUCUUUAACAACAAAUUGGCUGUUUUUUUUAAUUAGAAAUGAUAGACAAAAUUUAGAGGGGUUAGUUUUCACCUGAAAUAAAUCAUUAUUACUCUACUAGUUUGUCAGCUUAUUUGUUCCCUAUCCAUGUUCCUUUAUUGUCCUUUCUUCUAUUUCCUUGAACUGCAUUAUGGGUUUCUCCCAAUGUAUAGGGCUAGUCAUGCUAUCAUCAGGGCAUAAAGAUAGGUACAGGCCAUGGCAAUUAGUCUGUUAAUCCUUCCAGUAAUUCAUAAUAUUCUCCAAGGGAAGACCGUGAAAGUGCUCUAAAAGGAAAUGUUAUUAUUUCAGUCUGUAACUGAAAACCGUUCCAAUUCCCACAAACCCAUCCCUCCUCUUCUCUCCCCCACUCCAUCAGCAUUGAACCCACUACUCUGUGGUCUCUCCAAUGGACACCUUCCACCUGCCACUGAUUUGAGAUCAAGUUUUCAUCAUUCUUCGUAAAGAGGUAAACAUAUAGUGGUUAGCACUAUUGCCUGACAGCACCAGGGACCCAGUUUCGAUUCCAGCAUUGGGUGACCAUGUGGAGUUUGCACAUUAUCCCUGUGUCUACUUGGCUUUCCACCAGGUGCUCCAGUUUCCUCUCACAGUCCAGAGAUGUACAGGUUAGGUGGAUUGGCCAUGCUAAAUUGCACUAUGUUGUGCAGGCUGCGUGGAGUAGCCACAGUAAAUGUGGGUUUACCAGGAGGGUUGAUGCAGAUAUGAUGGGCUGAAUGGCCUCUAUCUGCCAUGCAGGAUUCUAUGAUUCUGAAAAGAAAAAUACUUGCAUUUCUGUAGCAUCCUUCAUGACCUAGACGUGUCUGAAAGCACACGACAGCAAAUGAAGUACAUUCAGAGGUGUAGUCACUGUAGUAAUUUAGGAAACAUGGCUGCCAAUUUGUAUGCAGCAAACUCCCACAGCCAAAAAUGUGAUAAUGACCAGAUAAUCUGUUUUAAUGAUAUUGCUUGAGGGAUAAAUAUCAGCCACAACACAAGAGAAGUCUCCUACCUUUCUUCAAAUUAAUACAGUAGGAUAUUUUUUUCUUAGUAAAUAUUUGCUCAGCCAUACAUGGAGUGUCAGACUAGAUUCUCUCAAAAGGAAUAAUCCUCUGGCUCAGAAACAAGAGUACUACCACUGAACCUGGGAUAAUUGGAGAUAGCACUCCACAUGCACCAAUCCUCAUAUAUGAUUUCAUUGCCCUGUGACCCCAGCCUGACCUAAAUUGUUCAGAACUCCUGCAUCCAGCAGAAAGCAUUCUGAAAAAUUAUUUCCUUCCCUGAGCUUCUUUCUCAUUUUCUCUCCAUUACCUAAUUUUCCAUAGUGUGACUUGUGUGCUGUCUUCUAUUCGUGCGCAAUUCCACUCCAGAACUGGAACUUUGCCAAGUGGAACUGUGCAAAUACACUAGUCUGUGUCUAAUUGUAAACUGAAAUCUGAGACUGAGCAAGGGGAGUGAUCGGAGGAGUUUUCAGUAAUUUAAGCUUGUUGCACUAACUUUCUACACAAAGUAAUACUAUUUUUAUUUCCAUUUACAAAUAUAUUACUUUUGCUGAUACAUCCUCAAAAGAAUCAAGUGUUUUGUUUUAUUCAAGUGCUAGAAGUGAAGCUCAUGCCAGAGUCUAGAUAGGAAGCAUUGUUAGAGAUAUGUUGUGUUUGCAUUGCACAAAAUUCUGGACCUUCUAAAUGUGGCUAUGUAAAUUUACAAGACUGAUAUGAGAGUGAUGUUAUCAGGUCGAUGGACUGGUGCCACUGAAAACACGUGUGAAAAGCAUGGAAUGAUUAAGAAACAAAAACAAAAGACAAAAAAAAAAGCAGAUAACUGACUUUCCAAAUGAGGUGACCUUGCCACAUAACUGUCUCCCUCAAUAACA